CAGAGUUCGCUUAUCUAUUUUCCCUUUUUUUAUUUUUAACUACACAACCAAGUUUUCUACCCACUUGGUCAAAAAUGUUGCGUUUCAACAUACCUACGAACACAAACGUAGAGCUGCAACUUGAAUAAGCAAAUUUUGCAUUCAUUUCGUUGAUUCUUUGAAAAACGUUAUCUCACUAGGACCAGGAAAGCACCGGGAACUCUGCAGAUAACUCGCGAAUCCGCCGCGCUGUGGAAGCUUACAUCUGCAAGAACGAACAGUCCUGUAAUUUUUGUGAUAUACAGUUUGCCAUGUCGUCCGUUCAAUGUAGAUCUCAACAGCUAUUUCGACGUACCUCCUGAGGUGCACACCGGUUAGGAGUUUGGAUGCCAGGGUUCUUCAGACGAACCAGCCUCGCAUCGUGAGGUGGACUUCAAACAAGAGUAUAAAGCAAACGACGGGCUAUUGGGGUCACACAGUUAGAUCACGUGCUUUGAUCAUCAGACAAAUCAAUGGGUUUAUCAGUUUGAACACGAUCUGGAUUGUACUGUGUGCCUCAGUGGCUGAUCAUCAGAAGAUAUGGGUGAUCGCGAAGUUGUAUGCAUACAUGUUGGCCAAGCUGGUAUCCAAAUGGGAAACGCCUGCUGGGAACUGUUCGGCAUGGAACAUGGAAUUCGACCGGAUGGAUUAAUGUUGGAUGGCUUCUUCCCGUCGGAUAAUUCAUUUCGAACGUUUUAUUCUGAAACGGGGCAUGGAAAAUUCGUUCCAAGGACAGUGUUUGUUGACCUUGAGCCAACAGUCGUUGAUGAGGUCCGUACAGGAUACUAUCGAAUGCUAUUCCAUCCGGAAAACUUGAUCAGUGGAAAAGAAGAUGCGGCAAACAAUUACGCGAGAGGCUACUACACAACCGGGUCCGAUAUGCUAGGUCUUGUCAUGAACCAGAUUCGGCUUGUGGUGGAUCAAUGUCAUAUGCUCCAAGGAUUCAUCAUUUUCCACUGCCUGGGUGGCGGAACUGGAUCCGGGUUCGCCUCACUCCUGAUCAAUCAAAUGACGCAAGACUAUCGAAAGAAAACUAAGAUCGAACUUGUUGUAUACCCGGCUCCAAGGUUGGCCAGUUCGGUUGUCGAACCAUACAAUUCGGUACUCGCUACUCAUGCAUGCAUUGAGGAUUCUGAGGUCGUCUUUUUGAUGGACAACGAAGCAGUGUGGGACAUUUGCAGACGCAAUUUGAACAUUCGGCGACCCUCAUUCACGAACAUCAACAGAAUCCUCGCCCAAGUCAUUAGCUCCCUGACCGCGUCACUCAGAUUCCACGGCUCGCUUAACGGGGAUCUGACAGAAUUCCAGACCAACUUGGUCCCCUAUCCACGAAUUCACUUCCCACUGAUAACCUUCAACCCCGUGGUCUCUGCAGAAAAAGCCUAUCAUGAACAAAACACCGUGGAUCAAAUCACACGGGCCUGCUUCGAGCCGGCUAACAGCUUUGUGAAAAUCGAUCCACGACAGGGACUCUACAUGGCCAUCUGCAUGCUCUACCGUGGAGAUGUCGACCCAAAUUCAGUGAACAGCUCCAUUCAAGGAGUCAAAAACAGUCGUUCGAUACGAUUUGUGGAUUGGUGUCCGACCGGGUUCAAAGUAGACAUCAACUCACAACCAAUGCUUGCGGUGCCUCGAUCGGAAUUGGCUAAAGUACUACGAAGUUGUUGCAUGCUGGCAAACAGUACGGCGAUUGGGGCAGCGUUUGUGAGGUUGGACCAUAAAUUUGAUUUGAUGUACCACAAACGGGCUUUUGUGCAUUGGUACGUUGGCGAAGGGUUGGAAGAACAAGAAUUUCAAGUGGCCCGCGAGGAUCUGGCUGCCCUAGAGCGAGACUACGAAGAGGUCGGAUUAGCCACGAAAGUGUGAUGGGCACACACUCGAGGAGAAUGCUGUCAUAGUUAGCUGUCAAUUGGGACAAUUUCAUUUGGUCUCUUUUCAUUGAACACAUAUUGAGUGUCCUUUUUCAGCCUUCAUUUCAUUGAAUAAAUG